ACUCACUUCACUUUACUCACAGAUAUUUCUUCUGUUGGAUGGAGGUCGAUUUUUAAAAUAAUUAUAAUUCAUUUCGUAGUUAUCAUUCUCUGUUUAGUUAGCAAGCGAAUAAAUCGAAAUAAAAAUAAUUGUUUAUUCAACGCCCAAAAAAACAAAUUCGAAGUUAAAAUUAACGACAAAAAGUGUGCUCAAUAAAUUUUUUAAAUCAACUCAAAACGCAAUUUCAAGUCAAAAAGCAAUUUUAAGCAAAGAAGAAAAUGUCCAGCAAAUUUUUCCUCGACACGACGGAUUUUUUAUUCAUAAUCAUUUCUCCCUCAAUCGACCACGAAUUGAUUUUGUGUUAAUUUAAAGUUAAAAAAAAAGAACAAUCAAACAAAUUGUGUUUCCAUAAAUAAUUAAAAAAUAAAAUAUAAAAUGCAUUCGCUUAGCUGGACAUCGAGAUUGAUCUCACGGGCGCUCCGCAGUGGUUUUUCGACUUUAUUAGUGCCCAAUACGACAACCAAAUCCCGACCGCACUUUGUCUCGGUCGUUUGUGGUUUUCCAAAGGAUUUCCUCACAUCUAAAUAUAAGCCCGGCAAAUACGGAGAAGAUUCCUGGUUUAAGGCUUCCACAUCCACAGCAGACGUUUUAGGCGUAGCUGAUGGCGUUGGUGGAUGGAGAAGUUAUGGUAUUGAUCCAGGUGAAUUUUCCUCCUUCCUUAUGAAAACCUGCGAGCGUCUAGUCCAUUGUGUUAAUUUUAAUCCACAACGACCAGUAAACCUAUUAGCUUAUAGUUACUGUGAGCUGUUGGAACAGAAAAAACCUAUCUUAGGAAGCAGUACAGCUUGUGUUUUGGUACUAAAUCGGGAGAAUAGCACAGUUUACACAGCUAAUAUUGGUGAUAGUGGCUUUAUUGUUGUUCGUGAAGGUGAAAUUAUUCAUAAAUCUGAAGAGCAACAACAUUAUUUCAACACACCGUUCCAACUAUCGUUACCACCACCCGGACAUGGACACAAUGUCCUAAGCGAUAGUCCUGAAUCAGCAGACACCCUCAGCUUCCCAGUGAAGGAUGGUGAUGUGAUUCUUGUGGCGACUGAUGGAGUUUUUGAUAACGUGCCCGAGAAGCUUAUACUUGAUGUCCUUAAAGAUGUCGAGGGGGUUACCGAUCCCGUGAAACUUCAAAUGACUGCAAAUUCACUUGCGUUAAUGGCACGCUCUUUGUCUUUUGAUAGUGAAUUUAUGUCGCCUUUUGCAAUUAAUGCAAGGCGAAACAAUAUCAAUGCAACCGGUGGAAAGCCAGACGAUAUCACCGUGGUACUAGCAACCGUUUCGAUGUGAAAAUAAUAUUUUGUAACACUUACUAGUUUAUAUUCUUAAAAGGCAAAUUGAUUAAGAUAAAAUAUUCACCACCUGAAAAACUGGGGCGAUGUGGCCGGCGUGGCGUAGCGUCUUAAAUUCGUGGUAAUCGAUUUGCAAAAGUGAAAAAAAAAGAUCCAUAAGCUUUCUUUUUUCGAGCGUAGUAACUUUGGUUCAACGUUGUUACUUUAUUUUUGUGAUUUUUUCAUAACCAAACGACUGUUGUUCCAUUAUUACUUACUUUCCCUUAAACCCCUCCCCCCCUUCUCCCACUGUUGUAUAUUAUUUUUCUUUUUUUUUAGCUCAUAAGUUAGUAGCAGUAAAUAUAACUUUAAAUAUACAAAAAACAAAAAGUAGAAGCGAUAAAUUAAAAAAAAAAAAAACAAAAAUACACAAAUUAAAGGACUGAACGCAAGCACAGAACAUAAAUAUACAUUUAAAAAAGUAAACAAAAACAAAAGAAAACGAAGCUCGCUAUAGAAUGGCAAACAUAAUAAUAAAACAUAUAUGCAUAGUUAUUAAUUAGAAUUUAGAAAAUUAAAGAAAAACCUUAGUUUCAUAAGCGAGUUAUAAAAGUGAUGAUAAUGAUGAUGAUGAUGAGGAUGAUGACAGAGGAGCGUCUGUCUUCAUCGUCGUGUUGUUCCGUAACGCUGAUAUAAUCGAACGAGUGCUAUUUUCAAAUCAUUUUAGUUUGGUUAUAAUAAUUGCUUCCUAUACAUGCAAAAUAGAACUUUAAGUAUUUUUUUAAAUUUGAUUUAAGACUAUGUUUGUAUUAUGUGUGAGUAAAUGUUUUAUUUUAUUUUUUUUUUGUGAGAUUUGAAUCAUUUCUCCAUGAUGAUAGUCGAAGAACUUUUUCAAUCUAGAACUUGAACCUUUUGCUUUUUUUUUCAUCUUGGAAACUCCCGAACAAAAUUAGCUCUAGAAUGAUGGAAUUCUUAACUUAAGCUUGGAUGACAGAGAAUUUGUAUUCUUGCUUAACAACUUGCCAAUGCAAUAAAUUUACUCAUUUGUUCCUCUCAAUUGAAAUCUUCACUUUCAAAUCAUCUUACGAGUAUUUUUCAUUCCAUUGCAUUAUGUAUUUCAUGAUAUCAGCCUUCUCCCGAAUUCCAUUGUGAUUGGAAACUUUUUACUACGAGUCCCAAAAAAUAGCUUUUCUGUGACUCGGAAUAGUUUUCGAUUAUGAUGAUUGAAUUCAUGAUGAAUUUAACAUUUCUGAAAGUAACUAUUUUGUCAAUUAGAGCUACCUUAAAAUAAAAUUUCGUUUCAUUUUUUGACUGUCAAUAAUUAUUAUUAGUUCUUCUUUAUUCUUUUUUUUAUAAUUAUAAUUCAGUCUGCCUAAUAUUUAGGUUUUUGUUGAUAAUAUUGAUACUGAUUUGUGUUUUUGUGGCUAUUUUUUUUAUUUGUUUAUAAUUACACAAAGAUACUUCACCUGCAAGGAAGAAAAAUGCGGUUUGAAUGAAUGUGAGUAUGUAGUUCAGUUGUUUAAAUAAAAAAAUCAUUAACAGAGAUAUUCGAGAAAAAAUAGUAAUCCAUAAUAAAUUAUAUCAAAUAACUUUCAAAACAUUGUUAAAUUUAAAAAUAGACCUAUGAAUAAUUUUUUUUCGGAAAACCACACAACAUAAAAUUAUGCAGAUUGAUACCCAACAAAUUAUUGGAAACAAGAUUAAAAUUUAAGAAAAACAAAAUAAAACUAAUUAUGUAUUAAAGAAAAACAAAUUUAAACGAUUAUUAAUUAAUUAUUAUAAUGCGAUCAUGUUAAGCUAGCUAGAUCAAUGAGAUAUAUACAUUAAAAUAGAAAAUAACAAUAAAGAUCAAAUUGAAAAAACAAUAAAUAAAAACAAAUUAAAAAUAAUA